AUGAAUUAAAAGAAAAGAAUAGGUAUUUUAGGAGGUACUUUUGAUCCUCCAACUUUAAGCCACAUUGAGAUAGCUAAACAGUCUCUACUUCAACAUGUUGUAGACGAAGUUUGGAUUGUUCCAUGUGGCUUAAGAACUGAUAAAAUUACUCAAACUGAACCCAAGCAUAGAUUAGAAAUGGUUAGUAUUGCGGUAAAGGAAGUGAUCGAAUAAAAUCCCUCCCUAGAAGGAAAAUUAGUCACAAAUGAUAUUGAAGUUAAGAAUAACAGAACCAUCCCAACUUAUCCACUAAUGAAAAGAUUCGAAAAAGAAAACCCUGAAUAUGAUUUUUAUUUUUUAAUGGGCUACGAUCUUAUCAAAGGUCUUCUUAGCUGGGAUCAAGGUUAAGAAUUAGUAAAUGAAAUAAAGUUUAUCAUUGCUGGCUAACCAAAUUUAGAAUGGAAGCAAUUCGAUGAUUAUUUUCCUAAAAAUUAUAAAUUGAUUAAAAUAUAUGAGAAUGUAAGAUCAACUAACUACAGAAAAAUAAUAGUAGAGAGCUACAAGCAAAAUAAUAACUCUUACCCAGCAGAUUUAGGUCUAGAAGCUGGACUGCUAUCUUAAAAUAUAAUAAAUUAUAUCAUCUAAAACAAUCUUUAUGUUUAACAAAUUUGA